AUGGCAAAGGUCAGAGGACUUCCCUGCCCUGGGACCAAAGAGAGGCAGCUUCCCUUUGGGGAGAAACCGGUUGACUCAGGGAAGCACCCAGCUCCCCCGCCUCUCCUUGCCAGAGGCUGCCCGCAGGGCCCGGGGGAGCCCCAGCAGUGCCACAGCCUCCCGCCCAACAGAGCGCGGCUUCUCCUGCGCCGCGAGGCUGCUGGGCCUCGGCUAGGACGGGCUGCUGGCCAGCCGGGGCAGGAGGAGCAGGCGGGCGGGCGGGAGAAACCCUCGGGAGCGAAGCUGGAGACGCUACAACUCUUAGAAGUGCUCAGGAGAACAUGGCGACCCCCCCCGCCGCCCCCUGCCAAGAAACACGCCGGGCCUCAACGCGGCGAAGGAGGGAGCGAGCGGCACGGAGCGCCUCCAGCCCUUCCUCUCCCGCCGCGGCUCCUUGGCGGGACAUCCGCGGCCGGGCAGCGCCCAGUGCAGGCGGGGCGGCGGGGGCUGGUGAGCCGCCAGGUGACGCCCCCCUCCUGGCGCUCCUCGGGCAGCCUGCGGGGACGCGGCCCCAUAAUUGCCCCCUGCCCUGGCUCGGGGCAAGGGAGGAAAGGCGCUUCCCCCAGAGAGGCUCCGGCUAAAGGGGCUCCGUUGGGGUCAACGGGGAGGUUGAGUCGGGGCCGGCAACAUGAAGGAGCGAGGCAACCUCUGAACUCGCGCAGAGUGGCGGCCAGGAGUCGCCGGCCUCGUGCUCGACUGACCACCGCUGCCUGCCUCCCCCGCCAGCGAGCUCAUCCGGCGGUCGUCGACAAAGCCCUCUCGCCACGUCCGCCGCCAGGGCAGCCGAGGCGGGGAAGCGGCGGCGGCUCCUCGAAGGCGCGUCCAGCUUCGCCAGGAACGGCAGCUGCGGCUUACCUGUUGCCUUCAAGGCUGCGGCCGUCGGCUCCCCAUCGCGGCAGGGGAGGCAGGGCCCGCGGGAGGAUCCGGCCGGAGCUGAGGAGCCGAGCCGAGCUGGCCGACCGCCCGGCGGGAGUGGAAAGGGGCGCUCCUUUCGGCGGAGACGCGCGCGGGGCCAGCCGGGGGGCGGGAAGCGAGCGGGACAGGCGGGGCGGCCGGGGGAAGGGACGCUCCCGCCGCCGCCCCAGAGCCCCUUGCAGCGGGAUUAGCAGGACGGACAGGAGCCCGCCCGUCUUUCCGCUGGGACGGCCUCCGGGGCGGUUGCCAGAGGGCCAGGGAAGCGCCGUCCUGCCCACCGAGAGCGAGCCCAGCCCGCCCCGGCCGCCCCUUCCCCUUACGCCCAAAUUGGGGAAGCCCCGUGGGCGCCGUCCGGCGAGCGGCUUCAGCUCAGGAAAGGCGGCCUCAGGACCUGCCCCGUCUUCAGCCUGCGCCCCAGCCUUUCGGGAAGGUUGCCGCCAAGGGCGCAUCCCCGAGCGGCCCGGAGGCUUUCCGUCAGGCGUCCGUGACUCCAAGCAAGCGGGGAGGCCGCCUGGGGGGACCGGCUUUGGCCUCCCUCUCCCCAGCCUCUUCCCUGAGCAAGCCGCCCUCGGCUGGGCAGAGGCAGCCGGAUCCGCCGGCUUUUCCCAGGAGUCUCCCGGCCGUGGCCGAAACAGCAGAAAUGCGGGGCGGCGGCGGGCAGGUCAGCGGCGGCUCCAGCAAGCGGCCUUUCUCGGCCUUGAGGCGGGAGGGCGCCUCGCAACCCCGGCCUGGAGCGCUGAUGGGCAGCGGGGGCGGAGGAAGGCGGCUGGCAGGCUGAACUAGGCCAAAGGGCAGCUCUGGCUUCCCAGGACAAGCGCCGCUUCUCCAUCCAGUUGCCCUGGUUAAGGACGCCCUCCAAGGAAGGGAUGGGAAGGCAGGCAGGCAUCUUGGCCCUUCAGCUGCGCCCGGCCUCCCAAAGGGGCAGCACUCAUGAGGGCACAAGAGGGGAUGCGCCCACCCACCCUCCCUCCCUCUGGCAGGGAAAGCAGCUUUCCUGAGGUUGGGCAGGCCCCGGCCUCACUCUCCUCCCUGGAGGCCUUCGGACACAGGAACAUGGAACGUUUCCUCUGGUUUGGGGGAAGCUGUAGCUCAGCAAUACUCCCUGCCCUGCUGAAAGGGCCAAAAAAUGGCCCAGUCUUGCCUGCCUAAUGCCACAGGUGGCCAGGAAGUUACCCUCCCAGCUGGGACCCUGGGCAGAAGGGAAGCAGAGGCCCAGCUCUCUGCCAAGCAGCCACUGGAAUGCAUUGGGCCGGCCUUUGGCUUGCCUGGACCACACUGAGUGAAGAGGAAUUGUCUUGGGCUGCCUCUAAAACGGGGGUCCCCAACCCCCAGUUUGGGGACCACCACUGGUCUGCGGCAUGCCAGUGGGCCGUGCAAACAUCAUCAAAGGACCUGACCCAGGGCGCUCACAUUGCAGCCCUGGUCAAAAGGGCCCAGCAGAGAUUAUACUACCUGAGACUUCUCAAGAAACAACAACUGAAUGAAAAAUUGCUGGUGACCUUCUACUGCUGCACCAUAGAGAAUAUCUUAACUGUGUAUGGUUUUCUAAUUGCACAGUGGCAGAUAGGACAGCGCUCCAGAGGGUUAACAUCUUUGCCCAGAGGAUGAUUGGUUGGUUGCCCUCUCCCCUCCUUGGAAGAGCUUUAUAGCUCCCGCUGUCUUAAGAAAGUUGAAAACAUUCUUAAAGAUCCAUCUCAUCCUGGGCACCCUUUUUUUGAACUAUUGCCAUCUGGCAGACAGUACAGGACGAUAAAAACAAGGACAAAUAGGCUGAAAAACAGCUUCUAUCCCAGAGCAGUAAGUAUGUUGAAUUCUACUGUAUAGUGCAAUAUUCAAUUGUAUAGAAUGUGAAGGAUGUGCGUUUUCAUUUUAUUUUUUUUAUAGUUUUCUUAUGUAUGAUGUACACUGAAGAUGGCAUUUAAUUUCGUUGUAUGAGGUGCAAUGACAAUAAAGUAAACUUAAACAAGCGAAACCCCAUUGGGAUGCAGGGAGCACGCAAAACCACGACCCCUCUGGACCAUGGAAAAACCUCUCUCUACGGAAAUGGUCCCUGGUGCCCAAAAGGUUGAGGGACACUGCUCUAAAAUACAUAAUGUAGUUAAUGUAUAUAAAUAACAAACUUCCUUUAUUUUUUAUUUUUAUUUUCUUGUGGGACCUUGUUACCAGCUGAGCUGUGGUGGUGCAGUGGUUAGAAUGCAGUACUGCAGGCUACUUCUGCUGCCUGCAAUUUGGCAGUUCGAAUCUCACCAGGCUCAAGGUUGACUCAGCCUUCCAUCCUUCCGAGGCUGUCUAACUCUUCGUGACUUUUUUUUUUGCUUCUUGGCAACCAGUCACCAAGAUCAGCUAUGCUUCCUAAGUGUUUCCUUACUAUGCAAAGACCUCCCAGACUCUCUCCUGGGAAAGGUGGAAGGAAGGAGAUGGCCGGCAGUGAGGAUCCCUGGUACUGGCAAUGGGGGAACACGUGAAGGACCAGGUUGAGCAGGAAAUCAAUGUCAUCACUAUAUGGUACAUGAUCUAAAUGCCGUUCACUUGGUUUUUUUCUCUUGUACAGGUCAUCCUCGACUUACAACAGUUCGUUUAGUGACCGUUAGAAGUUAUAACGGCACUGAAAAAAGUGACUUAGGACCGUUCUUCACACAACUAUUGCAGCAUCCCCAGGGUCACGUGGUCAAAAUUGGGACGUUUGGCAACUGACUCCUAUUUAUGACGGUUGCAGUGUCCCGGGGUCAAAUGAUCAGCUUUGGCAACCUUCUGACAAGCAAAAUCAAUGGAAACAUGAUUCACUUAACAACCAUGUUACUAAGUUAAGAACUGCAGUGUUCAUUUAACAACUGUAGCAAGAAAGGUUGUAAAACGGGGCAAAAUUCAUUUAAUAACUGUCUCACUGAGCAACAGAAACUUUGGGCUCAAUUGGGCCAUAAAUUGAGGACUAUCUGUAAUCAGCUCCCUGAGUGAGCAAAGAAGGACAGCAAACAGAAGUUUGGCAAAGAAAUUCAGGGAAGAAUCCCUAACAAAUUUUCCCUUCUGCUCAAGACUUUGUACUUGGCUAACUGAGGAUCUGAGAAGGGAAAAAAAGAGGAAAUGUAGUCUUUUUUGUUUUUUUUUUAAUAUCUUUAUUAAAUAUUUAUAGUAAAGUUAACACACAAUAAUGAUUGGAAAGCAAUAUAAGAAGUGAAAUAUAGAAACACAUAAACACAAGACUAAAACAAAACAACAAACAUGACUAACCGAGAGUUAAGCUCACUCUCCAAUUAAUAUUAACUAAUAUCAUCCUAGCCAAACAUUUCAAUGCAAUCAAGUUCUUUUAACUAUCUACAAAACAAUUGGUCUGUUUUUAUCAAAAUUAUAGAGAGUUAUAAAGCCUAGUAAAUAUCUAGUUAAUCUAAUUAGACGAUCUUAUCACCCUUUUCCUAAGUUUAACCUUCUUUUGAGCCAGACAAAGCAUCUGUCCCAACUUCUAUUAUAUACUGAAUCUUUCCUGUCUUUUAAGAUAUACGUUAGCCUGUCCAUCUCAGCACAUCAGAGAAUCUUGUUUAUUAUCAGAUGGUCGGGAGGCGUAUCUGCAUCUUUCCACAGUUGAGCAAAUGCCAUUCUCGCCGCUGUUGAGACAUGGACAAAUAUAUACCAAUCCUUCUUAUCAAUGUAGUCCGGUCUUACUCCGAGUAAGUAGAGGUCUGGGUGAAGGGGAAAGCCCACACCUGUUAUUUCCAGCAGCCACUGCUGUAUUUUCCCCCAAUAGCGUCUAGCUGACGGACAAAUCCACCACUGAUGGAAGAAAGUACCCUUGGCCAACCCACAUUUCCAACAUCUAUCAGAGGAUCCUGGGAACAUCUUAGCGAUUCUGGUGGGGGGAAGAUACCAACUUGGGUAGAUCAUUUUAUAAAAAUUUUCUUUGAACGGGGAAGAAAGGGUCAGUUUCAUAGUUUUGUUCCAUACAUUUUGCCAUGCAUCAAACUGAAUUGUUGUUCCAAUAUUUCUCCCCCAGGCAAUCAUCGUGUCCUUUACAAUCUCCUCCGCCAUAAAAUUGGACAGAAGAAGAUUGUAAACGUUGGAAAUAAAUUUCCUUCGGCCACCAAGGAGAAGCUUGUCAAAAGUUUGUAAAUGAAGGGAAAUACCAUGUUCCUGUUUAUCCCUAGCGAAUCUAGUUUGAAUUUUCACAUAGGACCACCAGUCUAUGUCUAAUCCUCUAGUUUGGAGAUCGGCUCUAGGUCUAAGACUCCCGACUUCAUCCAACAAGUCACCAUAAACCCAGUUCCUCUUUAUAUUGUGCACAGCCGGAAGGGUCACUGCCUCUAACAGAGACACCCACUUAGGAAUCUGUGUGUAAACUUGCUUCUUCACCAUUUCCCAAACCCUUAAUAAAAUUCCUCUAAUAUAAUGAUUAGUAAAAUGUUUGGAUUGUUUGUCUUUCUGAGACCACAAAAAGGAAUGCCAUCCCCGCUGCAAAUCAUAUUCUUCAAUUGCUAAAAUGCGCUUUCUUGAGAGGAUCACCCAAUCUUUUAUCCAAACCAGGGAUGAAGCUUGGUAAUAAAGCUCCCACAUAGGGAGCCCCAAGCCACCCCUUGUUUUGUGCUCUUGCAGCAUUUUUCUUUUUAUAUGGGUUUUUUUACUCUGCCAAAUAAAUUUACUUAGAAUUUGGUCUAAUUUCCUAAAAAAAAAUUUAUCCAAUCUUGCAGGAGCCGUUUGGAAUAAAAAGAUCCAUUUCGGUAAACAUGGGCUUUUAUCGCGGCAGUUCUACCCAAAAAUGAGAUCUGAAUAUGCCGCCAUCUCUCCACUUCAUUCGCUGUGUCUAUUAAUAAUUUGGAAUAAUUGAGCUCCUUGAUAGAAGAACAUCUAUUUGUAAGCCAAAUACCUAAAUAUUUAAGUUUUUUGACACAAUUAAUCCCCAUAAUACUUUGGAUCUGUUCCUUUUGGGCACCUGACAAAUUUUUUGUUAACAUUUUGGUUUUAUCCUUAUUGAUUUUUAAUCCUGCUACCUCCCCGUAUUCAUCUAAUUUAGUAAGUAAUUUUGGUCCCAUAAUAAGGGGAUCUUCUAAUAUGAAAACCAAAUCGUUGGCGAAUGCUUGGAGUUUGUAUUCUUCCCCUUUAACUAUUAAGCCCUUAAUUUCCGAAUCCUGCCUGAUCAUCUUAAGAAGUGAUUCAAGUGUUAAAAUAAAUAGCAGCGGUGAAAAAGGGCAUCUGUCAGGUUUCAGUGUCAUCUCAAAUAAAUUGCACUCCCAAACAAUUAAUCUUUGCUGAAAUAUUCCAUUUAUUGAGUAUGACAGAUCUGGCCCCGACUUCGUCGUAGCCGAUACUAACCCUCUGACCCCCAAACUCUUCCCUUUCCGUUCCCCAAUUCUCAUCUUCUCAUUGGCCAUCUUCCAAGUCAGUCUCCCCAGCUUCUGACCUCACCCCACAGGAAUGUUCCCCCCACCAUCCCAUCUCCUAGGGGAUAUUAUCUACAGAGAAAUAAGUAGGUGAAAAGUCAAGCCUCGUCUUUUUAUGGCAGCAUCAGAAUGCUUACCUGGUGACUUCCAGUUGGCACCGCCGUCGUCGCUAGACGGUCUCUUCAAGACUGCCAGCCCCGCCGCCCGUAAAGAGCCGCCUCUACAGCUAAGAGGUGGCUUGAAAAACUCCACGAUCCUGAGGAAUCGGGAGGAGAGCCGGCGAGACAAGGUAAAACCCCCUACGAAGUCCCCAGACUGUCUUUUUUGCUUCUGGGGAGGAAGCAGGGUGAGGCUCCCUAUCCUGCUCGCCGAGGCUCCGGACUCCGGGGACAACUCUGCAUUUAGCAGAGCCAGACGACGCGACCAACAUAACGAGUGAAAGCCAAGAGAAUUACUAAAAAUAAACAGGGUGGAAUCUGGACUUGAAAUUCAAACUUUUUAUUAGCCCUGUGAAUGAAUUUAAGAACUGAGAAAAAGUAAAAGUUUGCUAAAAUGCCGUCCGGCUUUAGCGGUAAGGAAAGCUGAAAGCGAAAGUGGAUUUGCCUGAGUGUUUAAUACGUUACAAAGUAACUAAAAGUAACUGCGCUGGCUAGAAGAAAAGGGAAAAGUUCUUUUUAAAGUGAUUUUGAUCUGUUCCCUCUCCCUUGAGACUUGACUAAAGCUGGGGAAAUUUUUGAAAGGAUUCUGUGGUGAAAAGGGAGGGAGGACUUCCUUCUUAGAAAGAAUCAGUCUGUGUGGCAGAAUGGCUUCAAAGCAGACAAAGCCAGCCAAAGCUGCGGGGGGGGGGUUUCCCCCACUCACAAGUCACAAGAGCAGCCUUUAAGUUUGCAGACUCAGAGCCAAGCACAGGAGACUAGUUUUAAAGAUUUGAAGGAAUUUAUUGCUGCGGCUCUGUUGAAUCAAAAUGAAGUUUUGGACCAGAAAUUUGAAAAAUCUCAACAGGAGAUUAAGGAGGUGGUUCAAGAAAAAUAUGACAAGAUGAAGCGUGACAUACUGACGGUUGUGACUGGCUUGUCAGAAGCAGUUGUCCAGAUUGAUAAAAAAGUGGAAGAACUUA